AUGUUUCUUAUUACGGAGAUCAUUUUUAUCAAUGCUCUGGUUUUGAUUUCUGGUCAAUCUACAGUUAACAUUAUAAGCAGACAAGAAUGGGGAGCAAGAUUACCCAAAUUACUUCCGGUGAAUCUCACAGUAAAUCCACCAGCGUUAGUGGUUGUUCAUCACUCCUCAGGGGGAACAGGCUGCAAUACUCAAGCUAUUUGUCAAGCUAAAGUUAGAAAUUUUCAGAAUUUUCAUAUGGAUGUUAAAGAAUGGGAUGACAUUGGCUACAAUUUUUUAAUCGGAGAAGAUGGUAAUGUUUAUGAAGGCCGCGGUUCGGGUAUAAAAGGCGCACAUUUUCCUGCUUACAAUGCAAGAAGCUUAGGAAUAUGUUUCAUUGGUACUUUUGACAAAAAAAUCCCUGCGCCAGCGGCUUUAAAAACUGCAAAAGCUUUUUUGAGCCAUGCAGUUACUCUAGGAAAAUUACAAUCAAAUUACGCAUUGAUAGGACACCGCCAAGGAAGAGCGACCACUUGUCCGGGUGACAAACUUUUUGAAUUAAUUCAAACUUGGCCGCAAUGGAAAAAUUUAACUACUCCGUAA